AUGGAACUUUCAGUCCCUCCUCGAGAUGCGAAUCGCACUCUUCGCAAAAAGAGAAGCAACCGCUCCAGCGCCUUGACCCUCUCCCUCUCCCCAGAACGCGCUCAACAUCAACAACGGAAUCUUACCUCUCCAGCAAAAGCAUCACCAUCGAUGCGAUCAUCCCUCGUUUCUCCUGACCUCGUUUCUAGAAGCGCCUGGUCAGCAACACACCACCGCAACAUCUCUAGCUCCGGUCCAUCACCAGGAACAUCACUCGCUAGUAUCGAAUAUCCCUCCCGCGCUGAAUCCGUACUUACCAUUCGAGCUCCUACUGCCCACGAGAGAGGUGGCUCGCCGCCACUUACGCCGUUCCCUCCGUGGGUUAGUGAGGAGGAAGAUGAAGGCGAUGGAGAUUGCGAGACCAGAAAUUGGGAGGGAUCAACAACCAGGACGGAUGGUAAGAGGCAUAGCUACGAUGGAGGGCAUGUUCCUGUGGCGAUUGCGAGGGUUGAGGGGAGAUGGGUUGUUAGUUCUCUGGUACAUGGACUCGUGCUCGUGUUGCAGUUUGCGGUGACACUGGGUGUUUUCAGUGCCUUGAUGUGGGUUACCGUCUGGAAAGAGAAUGAACCUGGUAACGACUUUGACAACUGGCUCUGGAAAUUCGCUGACCCUACCCUCGUCGUUGUCCUUCUCCUCUGCUCCACAAGUCUUUUGAUCCACGAAGUAAAACUUCUUUCUUCUGUCGCCCUACUCUAUCUCGAGUCUCUUAUUCUUGCUGCCACAACACUAUCGAGUCUUGUGCUUUGGGCCCGGUGCUUCCAGGAGGAGAGCCGCAGCGUCAAAGGUGUGUUGAUGGGGUGCAAUGUCAUGAUGUGGGGACUUGCUCUCUUUGGAUUCAUCCGAGCUGUUGUUAUAUGGAAAGUAGAGUCUCAGGAUGAUGAAGCUGAUCAGGAGAGGGCGGUAAUGUACGGGACCUUCGUUCCUUGGGAUGGUAGGAGGGAGUCCGUGUGA